AUGAUGAUGAGCUCAAUUUUCUUCAUCAUUUUUGCUUCCUUGUGGGCAUGUCAUUAUGCGGCAAGCGACACACUCAAGCCAGGGGACACUCUCAAUUCCUCAAGCUCCUUAGUCUCUGCAUCAGGCAAGUUCAUCCUGCAUUUCGUUGUACAAACUAUCGACGGUUCGAACACCAGCUAUCUAGCGAUCCUGCGCAAUAAACCAGGAGCAAACAAAGCAUGGAUUGGCAACAGAAACACACCUAUUCCAUACCCUUCCUCCCCACUUCUCAUCUUGGACUUGAACAACACAUUGAAAAUUACAUACCCAGGUGGAGACCCUAUUGUCAUUUCCUCUGCUCCACAAACUAGUGUUGUUGUGGCUACCCUUUUGGAUUCUGGCAACUUUGUACUACAAGAAGUGAACUCUGUCAACAAAUCGACCAGCAGGGUUUUGUGGCAGAGUUUUGAUUAUCCAACAGACACAUUUUUACCAGGCAUGAAAUUGGGGGUUGACCACAGAAAUGGGCACAAUUGGUCACUUUUGUCUUGGGCAACAAGCUACAACCCAGCGCCGGGGCCUUUGAGCCUUGAUUGGGACCCCAAUGGACACCAAUUGAGAAUCAAGCAAGCUGGGGUGGUUUAUUGGUCCAGUGGCAUCUUCGGAGAUGGAAGAUUUGAAUUUAUUUUUCCUGAUGUGUCAAAGCAGAGGUACAAUUUUAGCAUUGUUUCAAAUGAAAAUGAAGACUACCUCACCUACACUGCUGUAGGUGAUCCAAGUGAUCCUGAGCCAGAAUGGGUGCUAUACAGCAGAGGGACACUUUUUGAGUAUGGAACACAAGUUGCUAUUACAAAAGCACUGAACUGUGAUGGCUACAACACAGAUGGAGGGUGUGUGAGAAGGGACCGGCCAAGUGGUUGUACAGCGAAAUUUGGUGAUGAAUUUGAGAAAAAAAAUGGUUACUUCAAGAUCAACAACUCUAGUAAUACUUCAAGAUCCCCCAACUGGUUUAAUGCUAGUAGUAGUGACUGUAAGGUUACUUGUUGGCAAAAUUGUGACUGUCUUGGAUUUGACCUUCCACCUGCUAAUCAGAGUCAGACUAGUACUGGGUGCCAAUUUUGGAGUGUAGAGUCUCAGUUCUUUGAAGACCUCAAUUCAAGUAGCAGCUUUGUUUUGUCAGGACUAGCAACGCCAGCGAAACCACCACCGCCUGCCCAAAAAAAUGAUGAUGAAGGACAUAAAUGGCUGUGGAUUGGCAUUGCUAUUGCGGCUGCUGUCCUUGUAAUGGUGUUCUGCAUCUUGGGUUACCUGCUAAGAAGAAGAAUAUGCUCAGGCAAGAACAGAGCAAUGAUACAGAACAAAAUGCCUAGCUUCAUGAAAUCCAAUAGAUCUGCUUAUGAUCCUGUUAAUGAGCUUCAAAAAGAUCAUGGAAACAUGGGAAAACAUGAUUUAAGCGUGUUUACCUAUGAAUCUGUUUUGGCUGCCACUUCCAACUUCUCUCAAGAAAACAAGCUCGGAGAAGGCGGAUUUGGACCUGUUUAUAAGGGAAAAUUGGCGAAGGGGCAAGAAAUAGCGGUGAAGAGACUUUCAAAACGUUCCGGACAAGGAACGUCAGAGUUUAAGAACGAAUUGAUACUCAUACAUGAACUUCAACAUACAAACCUUGUUCAGCUCUUUGGAUUUUGCAUUCAUGAAGAAGAGAGGAUGUUGAUAUAUGAAUUACAAAUAGUGUUCUUCGUUAACUCUCUAUGUGUGACAGAUUCAAUCAGAGGUGUGCUACUAGAUUGGAAGAAGCGUUUCAAUAUAAUUGAAGGAAUCACUCAGGGAUUGCUUUACUUGCACAAAUACUCAAGAACUCGAGUAAUUCAUAGAGAUUUAAAAGCUAGUAACAUACUACUUGACGAAAAUAUGAACCCGAAGAUUUCCGAUUUCGGUAUGGCAAGGAUUUUCACCCACAAUGCAUUGGAAGAAAAUACCAGUAGGAUUGUCGGGACACGGGGUUACAUGGCUCCUGAGACCAUUGAAGGCAUUGUUUCUGUAAAAUCGGAUGUAUACAGCUUUGGGGUGUUAGUGCUUGAAAUCAUAAGUGGCAGGAAGAACAAUAGCUUUUACAAUGAUGAUCGUAUACUCAAUUUAGUAGGAUAUGCAUGGGAGUUAUGGAAAGAAAAUGCAGGGUUAGAACUAAUGGAUCCCACUCUAAGCGAUUCAUGUAUCGGGAAUCAAUUGCUAAGAUGCAUCCACGUUGGUCUACUAUGCGUGGAGGAAAAUGCAGCUGACCGACCUACCAUGUCCGAUGUCAUAUCUAUGUUGACAAAUGAAAGCAUGCAGUUGCCUAAACCAACAAAACCAGCAUAUUACACAGAAGGAAAUACAGACACUGCUGGUAUAGCUUUGAUGAUGAACUCAAUUAUCUUCCUCAUUUUUGCAUGCUUGUGGACUUGUCAGGAUGCUGCAAGUGACACACUCAAGCCAGGGGACACUCUCAAUUCCUCAAGCUCCUUAGUCUCUGCAUCAGGCAAGUUCAUCCUGUGUUUCGUUGUACAAACUAGUUCGAACACCAGCUAUCUAGCAAUCCUGCACAAUAAACCAAAAACAAACAAAGCAUGGAUUGGCAACAGAAACACACCUAUUCCAUACCCUUCCUCCCCACUUCUCACCUUGGACUUGAACAACACACUGAAAGUUACUCAAACAGGUCAAGAUUCUAUUCCAAUUUUCUCUGCUCCACAAACUAGUGAUCCCGUUGUGGCUACCCUUUUGGAUUCUGGCAAUCUUAUAGUACAAGAACUGAACCCUGUGGAUGGAUCGACGAAACGGGUUUUGUGGCAAAGUUUUGAUUAUCCAGUAGACACAUUUUUACCCGGUAUGAAAUUAGGUGUUAACCGUAGUAAUGGCCACAUAUGGUCACUUUUAGCGUGGGCAGAUACCUACAACCCAGCUCCAGGACCUUUCACUCUUGAUUGGGAUCCCAAUGAGCGCCAGUUGAAAAUCAGGAAAAGUGGGGUGGUUUAUUGGACAAGUGGAGUCUUAAGAUCAGAUGGGAGAUUUGAAUUUAUUUUGCCAAAUGAGUCCAAGCAGAGGUACAAUUUUAGCAUUGUUUCAAAUGAGAGUGAAGAGUGCCUCAAAUACAGUGCUGUAGAUGAUCAAAGUGAACCUGAACCAGAAUUGGUGCUAUACAGCGAGGGGAGACUUCAUGACUAUGGGGGACCAGUUGAUAUUGUACUAGCACGAAACUGUGAUGGCUAUAACACCGAUGGAGGGUGCGUGAGAAGGGACCGGCCAAAUGAUUGCGUGGCCAAAGUUGGUGAUGACUUUGAGCUCAAAAAUGGUGUCUUUAAACCCAAGAAUUUGAGCUCAAGAUCCCCUUACUGGUUUGAUUCAAAUAUAAGACACAGUGGUACUAGAAAUGCCUGCAAGGCUACUUGUUGGAAAAAUUGUACCUGCCUUGGAUUCAACUUUCCAAUAUCAGAUAAUCAGACUACUAGCAGUACAGGAUGUCAAUUUUGGAGUGUAGACAGUGAGUUUGUCGAAGAAAACACUGGAUCAAGUACUGCAACUAGUGGCUUUGUUUUUUCAAGUUUAAUAUCGUCACCAAAAUCAACACCUCGCAAAAAUACUGGACAAAAGUGGAUAUGGAUUGGCACUUCUUCUGCUGGUGCUGCUCUAAUGCUCUUAGUCUUGUGCCAGCUACUACGAAGAAGAAGAUUGACACUUCCAACUGGCGAAAGCAGGACAAACAUUGAGAACGAAAUGCUUAACUUCAUGAAAUCUAAUAGACCUACUGAUCAUGUUGGACUUCAAAAUGAUGGAAAGAUGGGACAUCAGGAUCUAAGUGUAUUUAGCUAUGCAUCUGUCUUGGCUGCCACUUCAAACUUCUCAGAAGAAAACAAGCUUGGACAAGGAGGCUUUGGACCUGUUUAUAAGGGAAAAUUGGCAACGGGACAAGAAAUCGCUGUGAAGAGGCUUCGAAAUGUUCAGGGCAAGGAACCUCAGAGUUCAAGAAUGAAUCCAAACAGACGUCUACUUCUAGAUUGGAAGAAGCGUUUUGGUAUACUUGAAGGAAUCGCUCAAGGGUUGCUGUACCUGCACAAAUACUCAAGAAAGAAAGUAAUUCACAGAGAUUUAAAAACAAGUAACAUACUACUUGAUGAAAAUUUGAACCCCAAAAUCUCCGAUUUCGGUAUGGCAAGGAUUUUCACCAAUAAUGAAUUGGAAGCAAACACUAGUAAAAUUGUCGGAACACGUGGUUACAUGCCUCCUGAGUCCAUGGAAGGAAUUGUUUCCGUAAAAUCUGAUGUCUACGGUUUCGGGGUGUUGAUGCUUGAAAUCAUAAGUGGGAGGAGAAACAACAGCUUCUACAACGAUGAUCGCGCUCUCAGUUUAGUAGGAUACGCAUGGGAGUUAUGGAAAGAAGGUGCAGGACUAGAAUUAAUGGAUCCAACGGUAGGUGAUUCAUGUAUUAACGAUCAAGUGUUAAGAUGCAUCCAUGUUGGUCUGUUAUGUGUAGAGGAAGAUGCAGCAGAUCGCCCCACCAUGAAAUUGGUGGAGGCUGGUGUAGGUGGAAAGCAACCUGAAAUUGCAUCAGUGAAUGACUUGUCGAAUUCCGAUUUUGAUGCACGUUGA